AUGAUCGCCCGCCUUGACGCCGCCCAGGAUCUGCGCCACCUAUCUGCACCCGAAACCUGGCUUUGCCGCAAGCUGAAAGCGGCGUAUCUUGGCCUCUCUAGCCUCGACCGCUCCAUUGCUCGCCAGCGCACGCGGUUCUCCUGGCUCAAGAAUGGCGAGGCUAGCUCCGCUUUCCUCCGCAUCCACGCAUCCCAUAGGAAGCAACAAAACCACAUCUUCUCUCUGCAAGUGGAGGACAACACCAUCUCCGACCCCGAUGCCAUGGCUUCGGCCGCUUUCGAGCACUUCUCCCGCAUCCUUGGCACCGUGGACGCGCGCACCACCUCGAUCAACCUCCAGGAAGUUCACCAGAGCGCGUUCGAUCUCUCUGCUCUGGACAACCCCUUUUCCGAGGAGGAAAUUUGGGAUGAUUUCUGUGCCGCCUUUGAUAAGCUCUACCUGCUCAACGGCCGCGGCUUUCAAAAGCUCAACAAGGCCUUCAUCACUCUCCUCCCGAAGAGACCUGACGCUUCCACGCUGAACGAUUUCUGGCCGAUCAACUUGAGCCACCUCUUCGCCAAACUGUUCGCCAAGGUGCUCUCCCUCCGGCUCGCGCCGAAGCUCUGCAUGAUGGUCUCCACUAACCAAAGCGCCUUCAUCGCCGGACGAUGCAUCCACGACAACUUCCUGCUCGUCCAGCAGACCGCCCGACUCCUGCACAACUUGAAGAUGCCGCGCCUUCUCCUCAAGCUCGAAAUUGCUCGUGCUUUCGACUCGGUCUCGUGGGCCUUCUUGCUCGACACCCUCUCCCACCUCGGCUUCAGGAGGCGGUAG